UACGCGGUAAUUAAAAUGACUGCCGUGCACGUGUUCCUUCGUACUAACAAAAUAGAGUGCCAUUUAAAAGACUUGGGCGAAGUUGCGAGAAAUAAUUGGACUCAUAUUCUGAAGGCUGUAGAGAACCGUAUUGUUGGAGGAACCGCCACUACUCCGGAUAAGUACCCAUUUUUGGUACAGUUUUACAACCGUGGCGGGCUCUGCGGUGGUACCAUUUUGACGAGCAAAACAGUUAUGACGGCGGCACAUUGUUUUGGUCAUAACAAAAAUUUGGAGGAAAUGAAAAUAUUCACAAACUCCCGUUUCACCUUUGAUUUUAAUGCACGCAUUCAUGGAGUAUGGAGUUUCGCAGUACAUGAGGAUUAUAAUGUUAAAUAUGUUUUUGCCAACGACAUCGCUAUAAUUAUGAUACACGACAAAUUCAUGUUCAGUCCUCAAGUUCAAAAGGCGACACUUGUUGAUACAGACGUUUGGAUGAAGGAGAAAGAAGAUUUUAUAGCGACCGGCUGGGGAGAGACAAAGUAUGGGGAAGGAAUAAAGAAUCAAGACUUAAGGAAAGUUCAUUUACACUAUGUAAGCAAAGAGAAGUGUGAAGCUGAAAACAAUUUGGAGCUAGGCCCUGAGAUGUUUUGUUUGCACGGGGACGGUGAACGCGACACAUGCCGCGGAGACUCUGGUGGUGGAGUUCUUUGGAAAGAUGUUAUAGUCGGAAUAAUAUCUCAUGGUCGCAACUGCGCUGAAGCGCCUGGUGUGUACGUUAAAGUUAAUUUUUUUCAUUCCUGGAUAAGAAAAACUGUGAAAAAUCUUUAUAGAAUAUUUUGUGAUUUUCAUAAAAAUAAAGGUUAA